CUACAACAACAAAAACAUGGACGUCCUAAAGCAUUUAUUGGAGGGCAAGUUCAGCAUACAGCCUGAAGAUGUUUCCCUGGAUACUCUGCUGAGAAGUGCUGUGAAUAAAAUGUUGGAGAGGAAGAAUGGACACCAAUACUUUCUGCGUUUUCUCCAUGGAAUGUCUCUGGAGUCCAGUCAGAUGCUUUUGCAAAGUCUAUUGACAGAUACUUGCAACAGCUCAGGGACAACUGAAAGCACACUGAAAUACAUAAAAGAUUUGGGUAAACAGGCAGAUGUCUCUAUGGACAGAUGUAUUGAUCUUCUCCACUGUCAGAUUGAAAUGCGAGAUCCCAGUGUGAUUGAAGACAUUGAAAGCCUCAUGAGAUCACAGAGAGAAUUUUCACUCUCUCAUUGGUCAGAGAUUAGCACCUUAAUUCAGAUGUCAGGAGGGAUUCUGGGUGAAUUUAACCUACAGAAGUGUCACCCUUCAGAACGCCAAAACAGUACUAAGCAUGUUUGUGAGCUGCUGUAGAAAGGCCCAAAUAUCAAACUGUGACCUCUCUGAGGAUUCCUGUGUAAUGGUGGCCUCAGCUCUCCAGCAUCCACACAGUGCUCUGAGAGAGCUGGACAUGAGUGGAAAUAACCUGGGGACCUCUGGGGUUGAACAGCUGUGCUCUGGACUCAAAAGUCCAAACUGUAAACUAGAAAUCCUGAGGCUCUCCCAAUGCAAACUCAGAAACACAAGCUGUUUGAAUUUGAACUCAGCACUGGGUUCUGACCAUUCCCGUCUAAGAGAGCUGGAUGUGAGCAACAAUUUUCUGGAGGAGUCAGAAGUGAAGCUGCUUACAAAAAGAGUGGAAGAUCCAAAGUGUAAACUGGAGGUUCUCAAGUCCGAACCCACUCAGGAAUCAUAUCCAUCCUCAUUGGAGCCCAUAUUCCCUGUGCUUGAAUAUUCUUCACCCUACCACUAUAGCUCACCUAUUAAGAAAUCACCCAGUCGUUGUGUAUCUCAAGACAGUGAUGAGAUCACCUAG